AUGGCAUCGAAACACGGUGCAGACGAGCUGCUCGUCGUGCAAGAGCUGCUGGGCCUGAAAGAAGGGAGCAAGAAAACGGCAGGCUUGGCCGACGCCAUCUUUGUGUGCGUCGACUGUGAGGUACGAAACUUGCGCUCAACUCACGCGUGCAUGUGACAGGCUUGAGGCAACGUCCAGGUCGCUGACCUCAUCUGCCUCUAGGCCUUCGAGUUCGCCCCAGACAAGAUCACCGAGGUUGGUGUUUCGGUCGUAGACACCAGAGCCCUCCAAGCCGUAUGUUUUCAUCGUCUUAUCGCGUCAUCUCGAGUGAACGUUUGACUGAUGAUCGCGGGCAGCUCUCUCCCGGUGAGAAUGGCGCCGCCUGGCUGUCCAAGAUCGAAUCGGCCCAUUACUUGAUCGAGGAAUACGCCCACCUGAAGAACAAGCGCUUCGUCAAGGGCUGCCCGGAGUCCUUCUCUUUCGGCCGCACCCAGACCGUUCGCAAAGGCCAAGCCUCAGAAGUCCUCCUACGAGUCUUCGCAGACCCAACCAUGCUCUCUCAAGCGCAUAAGUCCGGAGAGAAGAAGGCGACCCUUGGACGUCCCAUCAUCCUGGUCGGCCAUGAUCUCAGCAACGAUGACCAGUUCCUGAAACACCUCGACUUCUCGCUCGCCGGCGUCACGGCCAUCUCGCGCCGGGUCGAUACUCAGCGGGUCGCGGGAACCAAGAAGCGUUUGAUCGCCUUGAAAAAAUUAUUGGCGGCGCUCGACAUCGAGCCCCGGUUUCUACAUAAUGCAGGAAACGAUGCCGCCUACACGCUGCAGGCCUUGUUGAAAAUGGCCGUCUGUGAGCAACGACAGCCUGGCAGUCUGGUAGCAAAGGUCGAGGAACAGUAUGCCAAGCCGUCGGCCAGCAACAAGGGCCAGGAUGAAGUGCGCCAAGGGCUCAGCAGGUCUCAGCGCAAAGCGUUGAAGAGAGGCCAACGAGUUCAACAGGCUGCCGGAGAAGGCAGCGUGGCGGAUGGUGGCAAAUCUACACUCCAGGCCUCUGAUGAUCAUACGCAGGCAGGGGCCACCGACUAUGACUCUGGGCGCAACAAGCGUUUCGUGAAGUGGGCCACCGAGUUGGGAACUCAGUAG